AUGGCUCGGGAUAAAAUGUUUGAUCCUGCUUUUCAAAAAGCUUUCACUGAAGCUAUUUUGAAAGAAAAACAGACGCGAAUGAAAUGGCAUCAACAGUACGGCAAAGUCUUUGACAAGUCAAAAGCUGUCGAUUGGGACGAGGAUCCUGACGAGGCUUGCGAGUCACUCCCAGAAGACCGUCCGUGCCUGUAUGAGCCCCACGAUGGACCGAAAUUGCCUUCUGCAGAAGAUAGAGCGUGGCCUGCUUCUACAGCUCCUAUAUCUGAUACCAUACCUCGCAUCGCACAGCCUCCUGUAGUAAUGAAACCUGUGUCUGCCAAAAGCAGGAAAUAUCUUUACCAAGGUCUGAGCCACGAUGGAGAAGGCCGCGCACAGUACCUACAGAACCGAUACCAGGACAGUCCCGAGAAGAGAUAUUACUAUCCCAUUUGCAGUUCUUGGGAAUACGGAUGGACAUACGGUCAGAACCAGGAUCUAAGCUGUCCCAAGCAUGGAAGAAGAAACGGGUGA